UAAUCGGGUCGCCCUCUUGAAAGGAGUUCUUAUUGUCGGUCUUCCACUGCUCAGCCUUAAUCAUGACUGCAAGAAACGAGAAUCUGUCCAAGUCCGAAGCCAAUGCUAGCUAGCGGAUUAGGAUGCCGCGAAAACAAGAGUUGGACUUUCCUUCCGAUGUUUUAGAACAGAUCCUGUCCUUGUUAAGCUCUAAGGAUAGAGCACGAGCAAGUGCUGUAUCUAGAAAGUGGCGGGACGUUGCAUAUUCUGUCAAAAGGAUCCACCGCCCUCCCAAGUUUCUUUAUUUCAAUAAGAUCUAUAAGAACUUUCUUGUCUGCGACCUUGCUUCUUGUCGCUCACACAUAACCCCACAUCCAAAUCUACCUGGUGGUGAUGUUAGUUACGCCAAGGAUGGUUGGAUUCUUUUCCACGAUUCGGAUAUUGGGGCCAUGAAUUUCUACAACCCUCCUUCUGCUGAGUGGAUUGAGCUCCCAGAGAUAGAUUUGAAUUUCUGUAGAGCUGGAUUCACUGCUCCUCCAACCUCGCCAAACUGUGUGGUAUUCCUACUUCACAGUUGCAGAACGGAGGCUUGUGUCAAUGCCAUUACUUGGCGCCCGGGGGAUAUGGCGUGGACAUAUUUCAAAUACGAAUAUGAACACCCAUCCAUCAGUUCCACCUGGAAAAUUGUUGGUGACAACCGAGAUGAAAAUCCAUCCUGCAGCUACACAUGGAAGAGUAUUGUGGUUCGCGAUGGAAUUUUCUACAGUUUCAACAUAUUUGGUGAUAUCGGAAUUUUUGAUCCGGUAAGACGGACUUGGAGAGCUCGCUCCUGCAAGCGCCUCAAAUCCAUUUGGCAUAUGAACAAGGUUUGUUGGGAUUAUUACAUGUUCAUGGCAGAGUACAGAGGCGACUUCUUUCUAGCGCAAACUAGUGGCUACCGGUUUCUCAACAUCUACAAGUUGGAUGAAGUUAGCUACCGAUGGUACAAGGUUAAAGAUUUAGGCGGCGCAACAUUCUUCACAAGCACCAUCACAUCACUCAUCCGGGAUGAUCUCCCGCAUGUCAUGCAGAAUUGUGUGUAUUUCCCAGAAAUUGUGGAUAAUGACAGGCACUGCAAAGUCUAUUCUAUGAAAUUGAAUAGGUACUAUAAGAAAUUGCAGCGCCAUCCGUCUUAUGUGGUUAGAAGAACUUGCCCAGACAUCUGGACGGACAUCGGUGAAGAUCCAGAGAUGAAAGAGAGGAAUGAAAUUGUCCAAAUGAAUUGGAAAGUGUGGCUGUCGUUUGCGCGGAUGCAUCAUGAAGCGUUUGGAACAAAGCUUGGCCUUAGGAACUAAUGGUACUCGUUAGAUACAUGAUCAUUUCCUAACGCUACAAGAAAAUAUCAAUUUUGUAACAAAAUUUUUUUAUCCCUAAAUCCACUUUUUCCGUUACUAAUGACAAUAGAGACGGAAUUAGAGAAUGAA